UAAGAAGUGGAGCAGUCUGAGAGACACAGACAAUGUGGACAGUGUGGAUAAGCAGCAGUUGAUUACAGACUGUCUGUCUUUUCAUAUAUUGAUAGCACCUAUGAGGACAGGACACCAGUUGUGGAUGUGAGACUAAGGUGAAUUUAAGAAUGAGCAGAAGAGGGAGGAGGAGGAACAGCAAGAGGAGGAAGAGCUCCAGCAGCAGCAAACAGAGUGUCUCACCAUGCAUUUUUCAAAAGCAGUGCAAAAGUAGUAGUGUCUGCUACAAACAUGAUAUUGUUGAAAAAGGUGAAUCGGACUCUCUUCGGAAGGAAAAUGAUGAUUUAGGAUCUGAAGAUGAGGAAAAAUACAACAAUGCUCCACCCAAGGAGAAAAGAUUUAAGCAAGACUUUCAUGUGAAGUCAUUUCCACACCAAAAGAAUAUCUAUACCAAAACAACAGAGGACAAAGAGAAAGGAGUGAAAAUAGUAACGUCAGUGUCUGUCAGUGAUGUGGAAGAUUCGUCACCAAAGAUCAUGUUUCAUCAGACACAUGAACCCCUAUCUGAAAAUCCUAACUGCUCAUCAACACCAGUUGCUAAUACUCUGAAAAUUAACUGCACUGGAUCACAUGUGAAACUUGAAAUCCAAGAAAUUCUACAACUUAAUAUGUCUGACAUGAAGACCACCUUUGUUUUCAUGAAUGAAAAUGGGAGUAGUGCUGAGAUGGUUUUUAAGAGCAAAUGUGAAAGUACAUGGAUGCCAAACAAUGAAUCACCUGAGCAGCCAUCCCAAAAUGUGACCAAUGACAAAGGAAAUCAAAACACAAAUUAUAGAUUUGCCUUUGGCAGCAUUAGUGAGCAAACGCAUGCUUAUAGUGAUACAAAAUCUGUCAGCUCAUCAAACAAUCCAAACUCCUGUCAAUGCUGCAGUGACCACAAACAACAAAUAUCAGAAGAUUUUAUGUUUGCAAACCAUCCAUCAAGUCCACCACCACUGUUAAAUAACAGAACUCAAAGGAAUGGGGAAAAGGUUGGCAAAAGUUUCAGUAGUGGUCAGUUCUGGGACAUUCCUCCACCCCGAGAGUUUGAAGACCUUAAAUCUAUCACUGUAGAGGACCUGACACAUGACCUGGCUUUCUGCAGGAUCGGCACCUGUAGUCCUGCUGACAAAAAUCAAAGGGAAUUUCACUCGACCCACACUGAAGAAUCCAGAGCAGAUCUGGUAACUUCUUUUGAUCACUUAUCAGAAUUGGACAACUAUGAACCUUUGUCCAUGAGACCCUCCCUGUCUACCAACAGGUCCAGUCUUACCAAAGACUUCAUUAACUGCCAGAAGAGAAAAUCUGUGCUUAGAAACAACAGCAUUGCCACUGUUGAACACAGAAAAUGUUUGCUACCGAAGAAAAGACGACAAACAUUUCCUGGAAUGUCACAGGGUCGAGGAUUCAUGCAAGAAGAUCUUCUGCUUCCCCACAGUGACUCUUUGUCCUCUUUGAUCAUGUGCUCAUUUCCUCUCAAAACUGAGCGGUUAAGAAGGAUUCAUCAAGGUCAUGAGAGAUUUUCUGCAUUCGGAAUAGGAAAUUAUAUUUCUUCACAAACCGAGAAGAGUUGUGAAACUGUCUCAGAAAUCCCAGGCUAUCACGAUGGAAAACAACCACUGCUUAGUCCACUCUAUGUGACCAGCUCUGAGGAUAAUCCGGAUGAUAUGCUCAUUGUCAACGAACAAUGUCAAGGACAACAGUACAUACACUUAAAACAGACAUUUUGUAAAGACAUAGAAAGUCUAGACCCUGAUGGCUGUGAAUAUAUAGUGUCUCAAAGUGAAGCAGUAGAUUGCGGAUUUGACCAAGAAAUAGGAGAAGUAGAAAAUCACAGCACAGAGUCCCUUACAGAAGUGAAAAAUCAUCGAGCUCUUGCUAUACAAGUCAUCCCUCCAUCCUGCAGUGGCUCAGAGGAACAAAUCCUACAGAAUCAUUCAGAUAGAUCAAUCCAGAAUAAUAAGGUUGAAAUUACAAGCCAAAAACAGUCAGGCUUCUGUAUGUCCCAAUUGAAGGACUUGGCUGUACAUUCAUUAAACACAGAUGAGGACUAUGAUUUCAGACGUGAAAAAACAGGACAUACUAGCCCUUCUCUGCCACAGAUGAUUGUGGAGGCAAAUGAUCUGCUACUGGACACUGGAAGAGUUAGUACAGAGGAUUCAGACAGAUCUGCAGUCACCCCAUCAUGUCCUGAUAAAGGCUCUACAGACACAGGGUUUCAGGCAAAGGAGCUGCUCAGUAAAAUUGAAAACACAGAUAAACAGACUCCUCCCACAUCAGCUUCCUUAGAGGCUAUGGAGCAUCUGAAGCCUCAUAAAGACCCAGAAAAUAGCAGCUCUGAUCACUGGGCCAAGAGGCGGAAGCUCUUCAAGGAGAGCAGGCAGUGGAGCUCUGCUGGAGGAAGCUCCAUUACCAGCGACAUCACCGAGGAAUCAGUAUCAGAGGACACUCACUCUGUGGAGCUGACGGUUCAAGACAGUGAAGACAGGGGCUUUUAUACAGAGACAUUCCACUCUUCAGCAUGGAUUUACCAAGGAGACGAUGUAGGAUCAGGAGCCAUUCAUUCCAGCCAUACAACCAGAACUCAAGUGGUCUCAAUUCAAGAGAGGACUGUUAAGAUCAGGAAAGGGACAGGAGAGUAUCCUUGGGGUUUUCGGAUACAGUACUCCAAACCUAUUGUCGUUACAGAGGUUGACACAAAUGGAGCUGCUGAGGAAGCAGGGUUGAUGGUAGGAGACUAUGUCCAAGCUGUCAAUGGAAUUGAUGUUACCAGCAUUCCUCAUUCUGAAGCUGCUGAUUUGGCCAGGCAAGGUCCAGAUGUCCUGACAUUGACCAUUGGGUCAGAUAUUGCUUGUGGUCCUAACACCCCCAGGCCAGCAUGUCGUGGUUACCUUCACAAGCGUACCCAGUCUGGUCUGAUUAAAGGCUGGAGAAAGAGGUGGUUUGUGCUCACGCACGACUGCUGCCUUUAUUACUACAGACACAAACGGGAUGAAGGCAAGAGGCGAGCUUUGUCAGCAAUAAAGUUAGAAGGAGCUGAGGUGGGACUGGAUGUUUCCUUGGGAAAACCGUUUGUGUUUAAGUGCCGUCCUCAGUCUGGUAAUCGAGUGUACUUCCUCUGUGCCACUUCCAACCAGGAAAUGAAAAGGUGGCUGGAUGCAAUGGAGAAAGCUAUUCAUCCCAUUACACAGAACCACGUUUGGGUGGAUGUCACCAGACACAACUCUAAUCUACCCCCGCUUGCUGUGAAAAACCCAGACUGCCUGGGAUUACUUCAUAAAAUGAACAAGAGCAAGGACACAUGGGUGCAGCACUACUGCAUUCUGAAAGAUGGGUGCCUCUACCUGUACAGCGGUAUCCGGGCAACACAUGCACACGGUGGGAUCUACCUUCAGGGCUACAUAGUGCGAGAGCAGCCCUAUGGAUCCAAGAAAUCCAUCCUUGAGCUGAAACCUCCAUCUGAUGAGUUCAAGACUUUCUACCUCUGUGCUGAAAAUCCUAAUGAGAACAAACGGGCUGGAGUCUAUCCCAGCUGACUCAGGGCAAAAGAAGGAGGAAGCUGGAGAAUCCACACAUGAGAGAAAGAUCUCAGGUCCAGGUCUGGGAUGCGAACUGGGGAACUUCUAACUGCAAGGUGAUGUUGCUAACCACCGAGCCACUGUGCAGCUUAUCACCUGUCAUAUUUAGCUCACAUUUGUGGUCAAUUGUGUCUUGACCAAUGAAGGAUAGAACUUAUUUGACCUGCACUGUUGUGGUUCAUUUAAGUUUCAGGGACACUUGAUUUUCUGCUCAUCGCAUCCGCUUGAGUUGGAGAAAAUUCAGUUUUAAAAGUUUGGUUUGGUUCCUGGUGAUGCUCUGCCAGGCCUCUACCGCUGCUGUCUUCAGUUCCUGUUUGCAAGUGAAAUCCAUGCUCAGUUGGAUUCAGGUCAGGUGACUGACUUGGCCAUUGCAGAACAUUCCACUUCUUUGCCUUAAAAAACUCUUUGGUUGCUUUCGCAGUAGGCUUCAGGUCAUUGUCCAUCUGCACUGUGAAGCAUCUUCCAAUGAGUUCUGAAGCAUUUGGCUGAAUAUGAACAGAUGUUGCCUGAAACACUUGAGAAUUCUUCCUGCUGUUUUUGUGAGUAGUUACAUCAUCAAUAAAUAUAAGAGAAUCAGUUCCAUAGGCAGCCAUACAUGCCCACAUCAUUACAUUACCACCACCAUACUUCACUGAAGAGGUGGUAUGCUUUGGAUCUUGAGCAGUUCCUUGCCUUCUCCAGACUCUUCUCUUCCCAUCAUUUUGUAUAUACUUUGUCAAACUUCUCAGCUAAAAAAUCCUCUAAUAUAUUAAUAUAAAUAUAUAUCUAUACAGUAUAUUUACACUACCAGUGUCAAAAAUUUGGACACAUCUUCUCAUUUAAUGUUUUUUCUUUAUUUUCAUGACUAUUUACAUUGUAGAUUCUAACUGAAGGCAUCAAAACUAUGAAUGAACACAUAUGGAAUUAUUUAGUAAAAGAAAAAGUGUGAAAUAAGUCAUAACGUAUUCUAUAUUUUAGAUUGUUCAAAAUAGCCACCCUCUGCUUUGAUUACCGCUUUACAUACUCUCGGCAUUCUCUCGAUGAGCUUCAUGAAAGACCUACAUUUUUAAGUGUUAUGAUGGUCUGUCUCUCUUCUAUUGCUAACUGCAUUUUCCUCACCAUUUUUAUAUCAACACACUACUUUCUGCAGUGAGAUACUGUUCAAAUAAUGCUCUCAAGAGUAUGGUGCCAUGGCGUGUUCCAACACUACUUUUAUGCAGACAGAAGGGAUUGUAAGUAAUCAAGAAAAGUUGGCACACCUGUAGGAUUUGGUAGCACCAACUUUCAAGGCUUGAUCAACCUCCAUUGCUGCAGAACAGCUUUAAGUUGUUAACUCAUUUCUUGUUCCCUGAAAAAGGCCUUUCUGUAUAAUUCUGAAAUGUACAUUUUUUUUUUUUCAGUUUUGGGUAACCUCACCUUUUUUUUAACCACUGGCAGUUCACUACUUACUUUUGUAUCGUUUCAAGCUAUUCAUUGGACUUGAACUACUUUAAUUUCAAUUUUAAAAAAUGGAAAAAUUGGGGCGUUCUAAAGCUUUUGACUCCCAUUCAAAAGUUUGGGGUCACUUAGAAAUGUCCUUAUUUUUGAUAGAAAAGCAGUUUUUUUUCAAUGAAGAUAACAUUAGAUUGAUCAGAAAUACAGUCUUGACAUUGUUAAUGUGGUAAAUGACUAUUCUAGCUGGAAACGGCUGAUUUUUAAUGGAAUAUCUACAUAGAGGUACAGAGGAACAUUUCCAGCAACCAUCACUCCUGUGUUCUAAUGCUACAUUGUGUUAGCUAAUGGUGUUGAAAGGCUAAUUGAUGAUUAGAAAACCCUUGAGCAAUUAUGUUAGCACAUGAAUAAAAGUGUGAGUUUUCAUGGAAAACAUGAAAUUGUCUGUAUGUAUGUGUGUGCGUGUGUGUGUGUGUGUGUGUGUGUGUGUGUGUGUGUGUGUGUGUGUGUGUGUGUGUGUGUGUGUGUGUGUGUGUGUGUGUGUGUGGAAAAGACCUCUGAGCAGUUUGCAUUGUGAUAAAGGGGAUCUUUGUUAAGCUUGAAAAAAUGUAGGGAAAAAGAGUAAACAUACACCGGAAUAUCAGCCCAUUAUGGUCAGUAGAACAGUGAACUGAUUUCCAGCUGUAUAGAUUUUUAGCAGGUAUGUAGAUCAUGUACUGUUUCUCUGAAGCUGCUUCCACAUUGUCUCAUCUGUCCAUAGGAUGUUUUUCUAGAAUUGCACAGGCUGUUUUAGAUGUUUUCUGGCAAACUCUGACCUGGCCUUCCUUUUUUUCAGGCUCACCAAUAGUUUACACCUUGUGGUGAACCCUCUGUAUUCACUUUGUUGAAGUCUUCUCUUAACUGUUGACUUUGACACAGAUACGCCUGCCUCCUGGAGCAUGAUCUUGAUCUGGCCAACUGCUGUGAAGGUGUUUUUCUUGACCAGGGAAAGGAUUCUUCCGUCAUCCACCACACUUGUUUUGUGAGGUCGUCCAGGUCUUUUGGGGUUGCUGAGCUCACCAGUGCAUUCUUUCUUUUUAAGAAUGUACCAAACAGUUGAUUUGGCCACACUUAAUGUUUUUGCAGAGCUGUAGGUGAUUAAACCACUUCAUGCUUUCCGUAUCUGCUUGUCGCAGAGGAUCUGCAUGCAGUGCAAAAUUUGUGACCUUGCAGAUUUUGCCCACUGCAAGCUUGGCAACUGCGCAUGUGGCAGAAAAUCAAAAUGAAUUCCUGUUAUGAGGAGAGACUGCAGGAGCAGAUUCUCUGUCAUCCUCUUAAUAAUUCAUCAUUAUACUUGUUGUAAUUGAAGUACUUGCUGCCAUAUUUUGAAGGUGCUUUUAUUUGUACAUGCCUUCCACUGUCAGUGCCCAAACACAUUGGCAAGUUCUAAAUUCUGCACUAUGUCUUCCCACGGUGCUUAGGAUGGGAAGGCAGAAAACUCUGGCUGCAUGUUAUAUGUGUGUGUGUCUGUGUGUCUGUGUUCAAUAUCCACAUUGAUCAGUCCACAUAUGAAAGCAAUGAAUUAGCCUUCACUCUUAACUGGGAUUAUACUCAGAUGGUGAGAGUAGAAAAGUGGACAGUUGUAGACACCACAGAAGUGUAGUUAUUUGGGAAUGCUACUUUCUAGUGCUCUUGGAGUCCAUCUGGAGGUUCCAUGAAUGCACAGUAUCAGUAUCUACUAAUUCUUGCAUGUGCAUUACUGCCAUUGUAGCAGCGUCACAGCACAGACUGUCCAGGCACAAAUUCCGGGCUGCAUACAGACAUCCGCAUAGAGGCCUGCAUGGACCCUCAUGGACCUGGACAGUUAAUGAAAUUUUCAUCACAUUGACCCUAGCGGAUCCUUUUGGUUCUUACAGCUGAUUCCAGCUCUGCUAUGGUCAUUUUGGUUUAGAAACAAUACUAAAAUGGUUAGCAACUUUUGUUAAGACACUCCUUGUUGUUAUGUAACACAACCCAUUUUUGUGGGCAGUCAUGGAAAAUGGGUUGGAUUCACCAGUACUUAGCAUCACAUAAGUUCUGGUAUGUGCAUGUACGUGCGUUUAGGCAACACUUUUUAUUUGAAAUCUUUCCCUUUUUUGAUAAAACUGUAGUGGUAAAGUAUGCUUAUAUUUUAAAAGGAUGUAAAAGAAAAUCUUGAUUUGAUAUCUGCACAGAAAGUUAAAAAUGAUAUUGUACAUUUUUUUCAACAGUGUUCCUUCGUGGGAAGAGGUAAAAAAAACUCCACCAGUUUAAGACACUAAGAACAGAUAAAUCAUGUUGUUUCUCACGCU